GAUCAAACAGUGAGAAGUAUUAGCGCGUGCAUGGGUUGCACGCAGUGACAAGUCCACGUGUGAUUAUGGCUUUAUUUCCAUUGAGAAUCAAACCUUGGCGUGGGUGGAUAUAUGUUGUUUGAGCUGGUUUACCUCUGUACGAAAUCAUGUUUACUAAACAACCACGGUCUACAUGGCCAUUCUCACGGGUCUCUGCCCGGUUUCAACACCGACGAAUGCGUCUGACUUUUGCAGUACUUCUUCUGUUUUUGAUACGGUCCGGGGCAGGGUGCGGGCCCGGUCGUGGUAGUGGCAUUAGACGGCCCCCCCGCAAGCUCACGCCGUUGGUCUUCAAGCAGCAUGUCCCUAAUGUAGCGGAGAAGACCCUAGCGGCUAGCGGACUUGUGGAAGGAAGGCUUGGACGAGAUGACCAGCGAUUUCAAGAAUUAGUGCCUAAUUACAACUCGGAUAUCAUAUUUAAAGACGAAGAAGGGACUGGAGCUGACCGACUUAUGACUCAGCGAUGCAAAGAAAAACUGGACACUCUAGCCAUCUCGGUAAUGAAUCAGUGGCCAGGGGUCAGACUUCGAGUCACAGAGGGAUGGGAUGAAGAGCUCCAUCAUGCUGUAGAGUCUCUCCAUUACGAAGGACGUGCAGUGGACAUCACAACCAGUGACCGUGAUAGAUCUAAAUACGGCAUGCUGGCUCGGCUAGCAGUUGAAGCAGGCUUCGACUGGGUUUACUACGAGUCACGAUCCCACAUACACUGUUCUGUUAAGUCUGAGUCGUCGGGACCCGGGAAGUCUGGUGGAUGUUUCCAUGGUGAUGGAAUCGUUACGACUAAAGAAGGGCCAAAACGACUUUCUGAAGUGAAGAUUGGAGACGAAGUUUUAGCAGUGAACAGCGACGCAGCAUCGGUGUUUACAGAAGUUCUUCUCUUCUUAGAUCGGGACGUUGACUCAAGGAGACAGUUCUACGCUAUUGAAAUGGAAGGGGGCGCUCGGAUCACCUUAACUCCCAACCACCUUAUUUUCGUGGCCACUGAUAAUUCUUCAUUUGAAAUGAAAAAUGUCGAAGCCACUUUUGCAAAGAAUGUACAGCCGGGAGAUUUCUUAUAUGUACACUCAGAUUCUACGGUCUUCAAAACAGCAAACACUUACGUGCAGUUAGAGCGCGUGAAGACAGUAAGUGUAAUUGUGGAUGUCGGAGUAGUUGCUCCUCUCACGCACGAGGGGAAUUUGAUAGUUGACAAUGUUGUAGCGUCUUGUUACGCCAUCUUUAAUGACCAGUAUUUGGCUCACUGGUCUUUUGCUCCCGUCAGACUGGUACAGAAUGUCAAAGCCUCUACUUUACACUUAUUGAAAAGGUUUCACGUCUUGUCUACAAAUUCGUCUCUUCACAGAAAAGUCAAGAGUCACCAGAAGGGUAUACAUUGGUAUGCUAAACUAUUGUACAGUAUUGCUUCCUACAUUAUGCCAGAAAGAUAUAUAAGUCAAUGAACUCCAAAUGUGAACCACCAAGGAGUUAUUUGUGUUAAGUUAUUAUUACAAGCUCAUUGAUUAGCAGUCUGUAGACAAGCACUCGUGUGGCCCGGUGGCAAAGAUUACAAAAAUCCGUGAUUAUGUAUAAUUGUUCGCCACCUAGUGCAAGAAAGGGACACAUAGCCAGUGAAAUAAGGUCAAUCAGUAAUGAAAAAAGAUACUAUUUUCCUUUCGAAACGUUCUUCCUUCUACGAGCGCUUCAAACUUGAACUUGAUCAAUUGGUUGUUGUAGAAACCGUGUUGCAAGAUUACAUUAAGGUUGUAGUAAUGUUGUUAAUUACUAAAAAAUUAUAGAGUUUCGAGUCAAUGUGAUUUUUCUUUGUCUAAGCUCUUGAUUUUGAGCACAAGACUGGAGAGAAUUAAUACUUUCAAUCUUGAUAAGGUGAAUGUUCUUAUUACAAUACAAUUACGUUUCGCACAACUGCGUUGUUUUAUAAUUUUCUUUUGGCGUGUACAAAACAUGUCUAUUUCAUGCUUCAUUAUUGUUAUUAUUAGAUUACGAACAUAGAUCUUAUCAAACGAAACAUUAAAGCUACUUGCGAGAAUUUACAUAUAAGUUUGUCGUUUCAAAUUUCACGCGAACCGCAUAUGGAACUUUAAUAAUAGUUAGUUACGCAUGCAUAAUUUGAUUCAGCGACAUUGUUUUUAAAUUUCUGACGAGUGCUUCCAUCUAGCGGUUUUUAAAUGCACUAUUACAAAAUAAUUUUCGAAAAAAUUUUGAUCUUCGUUUGUUUGCUUUUCUCCACGUAAUUAAGAGGUAUAUCGUGAAAUUGCAAUAAUCUUGAAUAUUAAAUUUUGAAUUAAUUUUUGUUAUAUAUAUAAAUGUGAACAUAAAACGGACGUUAAAGUGCUUAUUUUUCCAAAUUUAAUUUGUUCCACUCUUAAUUUGGUUUAUUGAAAAUGUCAAAAUAUAUACGUGGAAUUCUUGAUAUGAAGUUUCAUUUUUAACUUAACUUUUUAAACCACUCCAUAUCUUAUUUUCGCUAUAAGAAAUAAAUAAAUAUUUUGUAACUUAAGGCGAGGAGUAAAAUACUUAAAACUUUUCCCUUUUUGUUUACAAAUUUCCACGAAUAAGUGCAUAUAAUGGUGAAACACUAGAUACGCUUUCAUAAAUUAUGCUAAUUAAUAACAUUUUAAUUGAGUAUUCACAACUGAUAUAUUGAAAAAGUUUUUAAACAAAUGCUAAUGCUUCAGGGAAAAUAAGCUAACGAUGAAAGCAGAUCAAUAUUUUUUCAUGAACAAUAAAACAGUUGAGUCAAUUAUUUUGUUUGAUUUUUAACUUAGUGUGUCUGAAUUCUACAACGUAUUAUCGAAACGUUACGUUUCCUUAAAUUAUGCUCCUAUUUUUUUUAAAAUUAGAUAUUUGUAUGACUUUCUAAAUAAGAGAUUAUAUUUUUGGUGGAUAUGAGAUACGUACCUUACUUAUGGUGUUAGAUUCUGUUAAAACCAGUUAACUGUAAUUUCUAUUGCCAACACGACAAUCUUAAAUCUCGGAUUUUUUUUUCUAGUCCGUUACUAAAUGGCCAACUUAAACCACGUUUUUAUUUCAAGUUCGAACUAAAAUUUUGUAUAAAAACGAUGGACGAACUUUGCAUUGUUAAAGAUCGAAAGUGAAACGUUUCCAUUUUAUUGUAAUUCAAGAACAUUGAGGCAAACAACGAUAAAUAAUUAUAGUAUUUUGGCACUUGUGUAUAAAGUUAAAAUCAUAAAUAAUAUUCAACGUUAAACUGGUACGCAAUUA